CUGUCCCGAGGCCCUCUACUGCAAGUUGCGCGCCUCCUCUACCCUUGAACUCUGAAAAAAAAGUUCCCGCAAAGCAAAAACUCUCUCUCCUCUUCUUCCUCGACCCUCGUCGUGGUGCGGGGCAUCUCGCACCCCACCCCCUGUCCUCCCGCUCACCGGUGUGCGCGCUUUCCUAGGGUUUCCGCUGCCCCCGCCGCCCACCCUGUUCUCCUCUCGUCAGCGGCGAUGGCGUCGGCGUCGGCCCCGGUGGCAGGGGCAGUGGCCGGGAAUGAUGACGAGCUCGCCGAUCUGGUGAGGCGCCUCGUGGACGCCCUCGCUCGCUACGCUGAUCGCCUGCCCUUCGACCUCGAUCGCCAGAAGCUCCGUUCACUUACUACACUUGCUGCAAUCUCGAUCACACUUCUGUUUGCCUGGAAAAUGUUGAGAGGUCCUCAAGAGCAACCUCCGAGGCCUCGUAGGAGGAUUGCCCCAUCGUCAAGCAACACCAGCACUAGAUCGCGACCAGGUGCUUUAACCACAACAGAUGCUUGUUCAUCAGCAGAUUCAAGAGCACACGAAGCAGUCAACCAGCUGUUCCAACCAGUAAAUCUGACUCUUGAGCAGCUUGUCAAGCAUAAGCUAAGUGGAGGACGAAGGUUCACAUGCCGCUUGCUUGGUGUGAUUUUGGAAGAAACAGCUCCAGAGGAGCUUCAGAACCAUGUCACAGUGAAGCCUUCCGUGGUGGAGGUUCUCCUAGAAAUUGCAAAAAUUUGUGAUGUGUAUUUGAUGGAGUGCGUCCUUGAUGACGAAAGCGAGGGAAAGGUUUUAUCGGCCCUGAGUGAGGCUGGCCUUUUUGCUGGUGGCGGCUUGAUAAAAGAUAAGGUUCUCUUCUGUAGUACAGAUAACGGCCGCACAUCUUUCGUUCGGCAACUCGAACCUGAUUGGCACAUCGACACAAGUCCUGAAAUCGUUCACCAAUUAGCUAGGUUUAUCAAAUAUCAACUGCACAUUUCACCGCAGCGACCGGAAAGAACAGCAUCCAAUGUCUUCAGCGCUCCAAGCCUGGAACAAUAUUUUGGAGGCCUAGACCAGAGAUAGAGUUUCUUUACCUGCAGGUCAAACUCCAUCCAGCGAAGUGUUGGCAGCGGCUUAGUGAGAACGGAGGACAUCAUUGUUUUUUUUUUCCUUCUUUCGUCAGCUCGGCUCGAGUGAUGGAACUCAUUUUUCCUGUACCAUGUGUAAAAGCCUGUGCUAUGUACACGUUGUUGUGCGAUAUGCAGUGCCCCCAUAAUCUAUGCAGGGAGAUGACAAAUGUAAUACUAGCAUACUUGGCGAAUCAGCCAGUUGUGUUAAUGUACAAGUAUAACCAAAAUAGUUGCAAGUGUCAACCUGCUGCUAUUGCCAUUCGCUCU